UCCAACAGUGAAUACCUCUCAGCCAAACAAAUUUUUUUAUUUAUUUUUCUUCAUCUUUUUCAAGCCUCUCGUAACCUUUUUACUCACUCACAUUCCCACUUUAUUUUCAUUUUUUCAUGUAAGAGCUUAGUGAGCACAUCCUUGUCCUACAUCCCAGUCCCUCUCAUCCCAAUAACCCUACUUGAAAGUUUAUUCAGGCCUCUUUACACAUAACCAAAAUGCUUGUUGUGAAACGGUAGUACUACACAUUUGAUUUUCUGUCACCCUCUGUUGCUAUUAUGCUAAUUGCAUGUUUCAGUCAGUAUCUUGUUACCGAAAAAUUUUAUACAAAAUAUGCAAUGAAAACACAAGACACAAAAUGUAUUGUGGGAAAACAAGUUUUACUUUUCUUACUAAAACUAUUUAAAUUAAAAUAAACAUAGCAACGCCCAGCAGAUACAGUAUUUCAUUGCAGGAUCCACGUUUCAAAAACUUAAUUUAAUGCAAAAAGCAUGGAUCUCUUAAAACCUACCACUGUUGUGCUCUAAAACAAGAGCAUGAUUUAUAACUAAAUUAGGCCAUAUCUUAAAUCAAGUUUUUGAAAAUGGUGCAUUAAACCCAUUGUAGUAAAGUCAGACAAUGAUUGUUAAUAGCGGAAUCAUUCUGUAACAGAAAGGUAAAGAGCUGAUCCACAGCUCUGAUAUUGAACAUGGACCCCCGCUUUCCAUUGAGGUCUCACCUGAUUGGGUGCCAUGAAAGCAUCCACCAGUCACAGACAGCUAUGGGCGGGACUUCCGCCUGCUGCCAGCAUUGUGUGUUUGGAGGGAAAUUCAAUCAAAAUAGUCGUGCAGCUGCUCGAAACCUAGGAAUACGUGGAUAAACAAUACACAUCUUCAAGUAUUUAAGGGACUAAACUAAGGUUAACGCACAUUGACUGUUGGCUGUAUAUAAAACUUAAUUACUGCGCAGCUUUCUGCAGCUUUAAUCUCGCUGUUAGCUUAGCUAGCUGGACUCCAUUAAAAGCUCUCCAUAGCUUUGAUGCUUGGAUUUGGGCUAUGGGCUAAUUCAGAAAGAUGCUGAGGGAUACUUUGUGAACGGAUAACGUUGAUCAUGGAUCAUGGAAAGACGACGAGGCUCGAAGGUCAGCUUUGUAAAGCUGUGAACGACGGAGAACCCAGAUCUGUGCAGCUGCUGCUUUCACAAGGUGCAUGCCCCGACCUGGUGGGUGGUAAAGGGGUGGCAGCAAUACACUUGGCUGCUGGCAAAGAAACCGAAAAGAACACGCGCUGCUUGAAAAUUUUGCUGCAAUAUGGAGCGAACCCCAAUAUCAGGUCAUCAGAGGGCCUGACUCCUCUUCACAUUGCUGCGCUGUGGGGAUGCUAUCAAAAUCUAAAACUGCUCUUGAUGAAUGGAGGGAACCCAAACAGUAAAGAUAAUGAAGGGAAUACACCAGGGCAGCUUGCGGAGCAACAGGAGAAUCGGAAAUGUGCCCAGAUCCUUCAGGAGUAUCAGAGCAGCUCAGUGGACACAGAAGAGGAGGACUUGCCUCAAUUCCAAUACUCUGUAUAUUCAGACCAAACCGACAUGUCCAGCUAUCCUGAAUCAGACUACAGCUUCAGUUCCCACUCAUCUAUGAUAAGUGACUUUGGUGAAGCCCCAUUGAGCAGCACAAGGCGCUCGUCAUUUUUCAACAUGUCUAACAUUAAUGGAAGGCCAAGUUGCAGAGGGAUAUCGUUUAACAGACUUUCUGAUAUGGACAAUAAGAGGCAUCACUGGAACAAUUCCUCCUCACAUUGGUCAUCUGAAGGUCCCUCCAUACUAUCAAGCACUCGCAUGUCUGCAGUGGGACCGGCAGCUGCAAUGCCAAUUCUUAAGGAGGAUGAUUUAUGCACUUAUGAUGGUGUGUUCACAUCAAAAGUAAAUGAACAUGGUGCUGUAACUGAUGGCAGAAUCUCCCCCUCUAGAAGAGACACGCUCCCAGCAUUUGCCACAAGGCGAGCGAGCCGUAAGAGUGUGAGCUUCAGAGAUGUAGAUGAAUAUUUCCCCGUUUUUAGUCCUGAAUCUCCCCAACAGCAGUCUCCUGUCAGUGGCAUUAGCUUACCAUUUGACCUGUCUGAGUACUCUGACUUCCUGGAUUCAGAACGCAUGGCCACUGUUUUACACAAGCAGGGCAUCGACGUCACAUCCCCGGAUCACGUUUAUGUUUUUUGCAGAGAGAGCAGUGAGAGCACAGAUGAGGACAUGGAGAAAACAGUCAUCAGUCACUGUGCUUUGGAAGACUGUGAGGAUGAACAGGAGGAUGAACAUGUAAAAGAGGCUCAGGUAAAUAUACCAGAGCAGCCAGACUGUUUCCACGUUGGCAGCAGUAGCAGUGGGACUGGUAGUCAUUACAGUAGCUGUGAGAGCGAUCAUUACACCAGUGCUCUGGAUGAAUCUCAACACCCCAGACGUCUUUUACUCCCUGCGGUAGAGGAGGUUUCUGUUGGGACUGAAUCUGACAAAAAGAUUUCUACAGACUGUGACUUUGAAUUUACAAGGCAAGGUGGGAAUCUUCCACCUGUUCACACACAACCCCACAUUGAUUCAAAACCUGAAACCAAAGAGCACUUGCCAGAUAUGCUUGAUAAACUGGCCCUAUCUGAAUUGAAACGCCCAAAUAAUGAUGAAUUUGAGGCUUCUGGUGGUCCUGUUGUGGACAGGGCCGCACAAGGUGCCAAUUUCCAGCCUGUGGAUGAUGCAGCUGAAACGUUACAGGACAACUCUGACCCUCCAUUCACACCAAGUCCUUUUGUAACAGGCAGGACUCGCUCGAGGUUAAGUCGCUGCUCACUGAGAACAAGCAGGACACCGGAGAGCCUCCUCAUCACGUCUUCUCUGUUCGAAGAGACCCUCCCUACACCAGUUCGAACACGCCGCCAGACUCCCAGGUCUCAGAGCAGUGAAGACUUUUAUAGUUCACCACAUCCACCUUAUUAUACGCCAUCCUAUUCAGGGAGUAGCACAGGAGGAGACUCCUUGCCUGCUGAUUGCCAGGACACGCAGUCCAGCACCCUCGGAGCUGGUUCAAGUCUUAGCAGUAGCCAGGCUGACACUCUCAUCCUCUCCCGGAGCGGAACUGACUCGCUUUCUGAAUCACAGACUUUGUCCGACACAGUCGUAUUGGAGAAAAAACAGGAUUCCUCAAUGGAUGCUUAUGAAAGAAACCUCGCAGAGGUUAUACUGGCCAUGCAAGGCCACGAUCUUGCUGAAGGCAGGGACUUUUUGACUGAUGAUCUGACAAGUACAGAUGAGGCAACAACAGAAAGAAACAAAAAUCAAGCCCCUGGUAAGGACAAAGUAGACAGCCCAAUAAAUGAAGAUCUCUGGAUCACUGAGGACUGUAGCUCUCAGCCAGACUCUGUGUCAUCUUCAUCCAGCUCCAGCUAUUUUUCUCCAAGGAGCUCCAGGGAAAGCUCUGACCUUACUUGCACUCCAAGCACAGGAAGCACCCCCAGGUACAGCAUGAGCCGGCUGUCAAGCUGCCGCAGGCCACAGCACUUGGCCAGCCUCUCCUACACCCCUGGAGGGCGUCCACUCAUACAGGAUCUGGACGAACCAGUGGAGUACCUCUACACUGAUACAGAACAGGGCCAUAAGCUGAUUGAGAUCCACGUCCCUCCUACAGCAAACACCUCACUCAGCUCCAGCAUAAGUACCAGCAGCAGCGAGGAGACCAUCCUUUAUGACUGGAGCUCCAUGCAGACUGACAUGAUGCAGAACAGAGGAAAGGAGAACCAGAAGCCCCCGACGCUGCUACAGAAGGAGGAAAACGAGGAGCACAGUUUGUUGUCGGAGACCAAAGGGAUGACUGACAAGGAGCUGAGAUUAAGGCUAGUAGAGUUGGGGGAGAGCCCCGGCCCUAUCAGCAGCCGCACCAGGCCCACCUACGUGCGAAGGUUGUGCCGCCUGUUGCACGAGUCAAACUCCCAAUUGCCACACCACCAGAAGCAGUUAGACCAGCCACAAACAGAUUUAGGUUAUAGUUCAGAAUUGUGUCGGGCCCUGAGGACCUUCGAGCUGCCCGAUUGCCAGACUGAUGAGCAGGCUCUGUGCGAGCAGUUUGACCAACCAGAUCAAAACAGAAAGUGGAGGGAAGGCAUCAUCAAGUCCAGCUUCAACUACCUGCUGCUCGACCCAAGAGUGACCAAAAACCUCCCAUUCCGCAGUCGCACCAUGACUCCACAGGAGUGUUUCCAGACAUUUAUCCACGCUAUAUUUUAUGUGGGCAAAGGAAAACGCUCCCGGCCCUACAGCCACCUGUAUGAAGCUUUAGAGUACUUCAAAGGAGACAAGACCUCCAAGAAAUUGUGUCCCAAAGUGCAGCACAUCCUUCAGGUGUGGAACGCUGAGCAGGGCGUCAUCUCUCUGCAUUGUUUCCAGAACGUAAUUCCAGUGGAGGCUUACACAAGAGAGGCCUGCAUGGUGGAGGCCAUCGGGUUGAAGAUGCUCACCAAUCAGAAGCGAGGGGAUUUUUAUGGCGUGGUGUCCAACUGGCAGCUGAAGAAGAAACGGGAGCUGGGCAUCCACCUGCUCUACCGGGCCAUGCAGAUCUUUCUGGCCGAGGGUGAAAGGCAGCUCAGACCAGCAGACAUCAGACAGUAGUGACCCCCACUGGAAGGGGGUAUGAACAGCAGCAAAUUGCCAAUGCACAGAGGGUAAAAUACCACUACUUCAGGGUACAACACAACCCUCCUUUGAACAAUUUUGCACUCAAACGUUGGGUGGGGAUCCUCUGAGCUGUUACCCAGCAUUUAAUUGUCUUUCUGCUAUAAAAUAAUUCUCCAUCCUUCAGCAAUAUACCAUUUGUUAAGCAUAUGACAACCUCUGAUAAUAUUUACAUCCUUUGAACAGUGAUGGUAAUUUGGCUUUUUUUCCAUUUUAAAGUGACUACUUAAAGAUUCCACUUUGAAAUUGUGUUAAUAAUGAAGCUGCCUGAUUAUUAUUUUUUUUUAUAUAUGUAUAUUUCAUGUGUAUUUCCUCAUUACACUGCUUUUAACCGGCCCACGUGACAAAAAUAAUGAUUCCACAAAAAACCCAAGGGAGUAAUAAUAUAAUUGUGCAUAGAACAUGAACAUGAUGUGAAAGUCAAAAUUGUGAGGCUGCGGGUCUUUCCGAAGUCACGACAAAUCAGCAUGACAAACUUAUUUUACAAAAACAUUUUUCCCAGUAGGACACUUUUCUUCACGACUGCUGCAGUACUAAUGACUUUUUCAAAUUGAUCCACAACCAAUUUCAAAUGCCUUUCAGCAUAAUCAAAUUAACUGGUGUCAUAUUGCACAUAAACAAGUCGAUGCAUGAUGUCGUAAAAAAAAAAGUUCCAAAGAAGCUGGGAGAGUGGUAUUAACAAAUUAGGUCUGGCAGUGAGUCACGCUAUUUUUGUAUUGUUGAUGAUGACGGGGAAUUUAGCAGAGGCUGAUAACUGGUAUGCUGUAUGAUAGGUUGUUUUUUGUUUUUUUCAAGAAAUUUAAUGUAUAAAAUGUGAUGUGAAUUUGUUUACAUAGCUUGAUUUCCAUUUUUGUUGUGCCAAUUUGUUAUUUAAAAAAAAAAAAAAAAGCAUUACAGGCAAGCCAAUGAUAUGAUAGUGUCCAAUAGUAGUACUUACUUUUAUGUGUCUGAUUCUUUUACAAGUGUCAGUAUAGUGAAACUGGGUGAUUAAGUUUGUCGGUAGUAUAUAAGCACUUAAGAUGUUAAGAUCAUUGGACUGUUUGACCGAUUGUUAGUUAACAUCAUCGGGUUACAGCUGUCAGUAAUUGUCAUAAUCUACAUCAUUUUGUUAGCUAGUAAAACUAAUGAAAUUGGUCAAAGAAAUCUCAAAUUGAAGUUACUUUACUUGAAAAGUUGUCACAAUCUCAUCUCACUACUACUUUUUAUUCCAUUUGUUAUCUCCUCAGGGUAAAACACUUUUUUGAUUAUUGAAUUAUUCUUUAUUUUACACAAAAGGCAUUAAUACUAAUAAUUGAAAAUCAUCCUCAGGUUUAACAAAAGAAUCAAAGCAUGUGCUCAACCUAUAGGGUGAGUAAAACACCUGAUCUAUAGCGUUGACUUUUUUUAAUGAAAUUCAUUUCAUGAAAACAAUUACCUGUAAUAAUUAAACUAUUAAAUCCAAGGAGUAGUACAAUAAUAAGGUGUAUUGACAAUUUUUU